AUGAACACAAAGACCCAGGUCCUGAUCGAGUCUGGAUCUGAUGAGCUCAUCUUCUUUGUCAACGGCAAAAAGGUGGUGGAGAAGAAUCCUGAUCCUGAGAUGACCCUUUUGUUUUACCUGCGCAAAAAACUGGGCCUGACCGGGACAAAACUUGGCUGCGCUGAGGGCGGCUGUGGCGCAUGCACCGUGAUGAUAUCACGCUUCCACCUGGACUCACAGCGCCUCCUCCAUCUGGCGGUAAAUGCUUGCCUGGCUCCUCUCUGUUCUCUGCACCUCGCCGCCAUCACCACCGUCGAAGGCAUCGGCUCCACUGCUCAAAAACUGCACCCAGUCCAGGAGCGUAUCUCUCAUGCUCAUGGCUCACAGUGUGGCUUUUGUACACCAGGCUUCGUCAUGUCCAUGUACGCUCUGCUCCGGAACAACCCCGCACCCCACAUGGAGCAGCUUCACCAGGCCUUUCAGGGCAAUUUGUGUCGCUGCACCGGGUAUAGACCCAUUCUGGAGGGCUUCAAGACCUUCAUUCAGAAUGGUGGCUGCUGUGGAGGGAGAGCCAAUGGCUGCUGCAUGAACCAGAACCAGGGUGUGGACCAGGGUUUAGACCAGGAUCUGGAUCUGGAUCUGGAUCGGGACUUAGGUCUUAGCCGGGCUCUGUUUGACCCCUCAGAGUUCAUGCCCUUUGACCCAACACAGGAGGUCAUCUUUCCGCCGGAGCUCAUCUCCCUGACCCGGUCUAGAAAGUCCUGCUCUCUGGUCUUCAGGAGUCCUCACUGCACCUGGUUCCAGCCGAACUCUUUAGACCAGCUCCUGGAUUUGAAGUGGACCCACCCAGAGUCCAGGAUAGUGGUCGGAAACACAGAAGUGGGGAUCGAGGUGAAGUUUAAAAACAUGGUGUAUCCUGUGCUCAUUUCUCCAACUCAGGUCCCAGAGCUGAACUCAGUGCAACACACGGAGACAGGUAUCAAGUUUGGUGCGGCAGUGAGCCUCGACCAAGUGGAGUCGGUGUUACAGGACGCUGUGAUGUCACUUCCUGCGUGGCAGACGGAGGUGUUCAGAGCUGUCCUGGAGCAUUUGCGAUGGUUCGCCGGGAAACAGAUCCGAAAUGUGGCUGCUCUUGGAGGGAACAUCAUGACGGCGAGUCCCAUCUCAGAUCUGAACCCAGCGUUGAUGUCCACAGCAGCGAUACUCACACUGAGAGACAGAGAGGGUAUCAGAGUGCUGCAAAUGGACCAGGACUUCUUCACGGGAUACAGGCGAACGACGGUCCAUCCAGCAGAGGUGCUCGUGAGCGCCGAGCUCACCUACAGCCAACAGGGGCAGUUUGUUCGCUCAUAUAAAACAUCUCGCCGUCGAGAGGAUGAUAUCAGCAUUGUCACAGCAACAUUCAACGUGACCUUUGAACCUGAGUCAAGCCGGGUUCAGGAUCUCCGUUUGGCCUUCGGAGGAAUGGGUCCAACCACUGUCCUCGCCCUGAAAACGAGCAACGCACUCAGAGGGAGGAUGUGGGGGGAGGAGCUCUUGCAGACCGCCUGCUCCUCAUUGGCUGAUGAGAUGACCCUUGACCCCUCGUGUCCGGGCGGGAUGGUGUCGUACAGAAGAACUCUAGUCCUGAGCCUGUUCUACAAGUUCUACCUGACCAUCCUGCAGAGCCUCAGAGAACAGGGUGUGGAACAGGUGGAGCUGGUCCCUUCAGAGUGGCUCUGUGCCACAAAAGUCUUCCACCCCCCAGCGCCCUCUAGUGUGCAGGUGUAUCAGACUGUCCCCUCAGGUCAGGACUUGGAGGACGUGGUUGGACGUCCUCUGAUGCAUGUGAGUGCAGAAAAACAGGCGACAGGAGAGGCUCAGUACUGUGAUGACCUGAGACCAGCCGACAACGAGCUGUACCUCAGUCUGAUCUGCAGUACGAGAGCGCACGCCAAAGUACUGUCCAUAGACUGCUCAAAGGCCCGUGCAAUGCCAUCUGUUGUUUCGGUUCUGUUCGCUGAGGAUAUUCCUGGAUCCAACUGGACUGGACCUGUGGUCCAAGACGAGAACGUCCUGGCCCAGGGAGAGGUGACAUGUGUGGGUCAUAUUAUCGGAGUGGUUGUUGCAGAGACUCAGGCCGAUGCCCAAAAAGCCGCCAAGUCCAUCAAGAUUCAGUACCAAGACCUGCCUGCCAUCAUCACCAUACAGGAAGCAAUUGAGGCCCAGUCAUUCUACGAGCCAAUCGUAGCGCUCCAAAGGGGAGACUUGGAAGCGGGCUUUAAGCAGUCUGACCACAUUCUGGAAGGUGAGCUUCACGUGGGUGGGCAGGAGCACUUUUACCUGGAGACCAAUGUGACUUUGGCGGUGCCCAGAGACCAGGACGAGAUCGAGAUCUUCAGUUCCACACAGUCCCCAUCUCAAACCCAGUCCUGUGUGGCCAGGGUUCUGGGGAUCCCGUCCAAUCGUGUGGAUGUCCGAGUGAAGCGGGUGGGAGGCGGCUUUGGAGGAAAAGUGUCCAGAUCCAACAUCGUGUCCAAUGUGGUUGCCCUCGCAGCCCACAGGCUGAGGCGUCCUGUGCGGUGCAUGUUGGACAGAGAUGAGGACAUGUUGGUGACAGGAGGACGACACCCAUUUUGCGCUAAAUACAAGGUGGGGUUCUCAGAGUCCGGACAAGUUCUGGCUCUGGACGUGACGUACUACAGCAAUGCAGGGAACUCCAUGGACGGGUCUAUAUUGGUGGCACACGAGGCAGUGGUACACAUGGAGAAUUCGUACCUGGUCCCAAACAUUCGUGGUCGCUGCAUCGUGUGUCGGACCCACCUCCCAUCCAACACGGCGUUCAGAGGCUUUGGCACGCCGCAGACCAUGCUCGUCUGUGAGGACUGGAUCAGUGCCAUUGCUCUUAAGCUCGGAAGGGCACCUGAGCAGAUCCGAGAGCUGAACCUGUACUCUGAGGGCGAUCGCACUCCGUAUAACCAGGUGCUGGAGGGUGUCACUCUGCGGCGCUGCUGGGACGAGUGUUUGGACCGAGCCAAGAUCCAUGAGAGACGAGCCCAGAUCCAGGAUUUCAAUAGACAGAACCGUUGGAUCAAACAAGGUCUCGCUGUGGUUCCCACAAAGUUUGGCAUCGCCUUCAAAGAGCUCUUCCUCAACCAGGCCGGGGCUCUGGUCCACAUCUACACUGAUGGCUCCGUUCUCCUGGCUCAUGGAGGGACUGAGAUUGGCCAGGGACUUCACACCAAGAUGAUCCAGGUGUGCAGCAGAGGUCUGGGCAUUCCUGUGACAAAGAUCCAUGUCUGUGAGACGAGCACUCACUCUGUGGCCAACAGCAGUCCCACUGGAGCCUCGAUGUCCUCAGACCUGAAUGGAGCCGCAGUGCGAAACACCUGUGAGAUCCUCAACCAGAGACUACAGCCCUACAAGGACCGGGACCCUCAGGGCAACUGGGAGAGCUGGGUUAAGGCGGCAUACUUUGACAGAGUGAACCUGAGUGCUAACGGCUUCUACAGGGCUCCUGAACUGGACUACGAUUCUAAGACAAACUCGGGGCGCAUGUUUCACUAUUUCGCGUAUGGGGUGUGCUGCAGUGAGGUGGAGAUCGAUUGUCUCACUGGGGCGCAUAAGACUCUGAGCAGUACGAUUGUGAUGGACGUGGGCAACAGUCUGAAUCCUGCCAUAGAUAUUGGACAGGUAGAGGGAGCAUUCAUGCAGGGUGUUGGCCUCUUCACGCUCGAACAGCUCCUCUAUAGUCCAGAUGGGGUUCUUCUGACCCGAGGACCAGGAACCUACAAGAUCCCAGGGGUUGGAGACAUCCCCACCCAGCUUCAGGUGUAUCUGCUCAGGGAUGCGCCCAAUGACAAGGCCCUGUACUGCUCCAAGGCUGUGGGCGAGCCGCCACUAUGUCUUGCUACUUCAGUGUUUUUUGCACUGAAGGAUGCCAUUGCCACGUCGCGUUUGGAGGUGGGACUGAGCGGCCCGUUCCAGUUAGACAGUCCGGCCACAGCAGAAAGGAUUCGCAUGGCAUGCGCUGAUCGCUUCACCAAAAUGUGUCCUGUGGCUGAACCAGGGACCUACAAACCCUGGGCCGUUGUCGUCUGAACCGGACCAG